UGUGUACUGAUAAGAGGUAGGCUGGAGUCAAGGGGAGGAUAUAGGUAUAUACCAUCCUUGGGCUGGAGUGGGCUAGAGCUUCAGGGAUAGGGGAUGACUGAGAGGGCGCAAGAGAUAUGUAGGGAGAGAGAGAGAGAUGAAUGAGGAGUGGGUGCGAGUGAGGGUGAGGGAAUUCGAGUGUGAAGGAGUGAGGGGAAGCGAGACAGGGAUAGGGAGGAAUUUCGGAUCGAUACUUCUCGUUUACAGCGAAAUGUCUGGAAAUAUAAUCAUCAUCAUCAUCUCCAUGAUCAGCAGCUCCAUCCCCCAUACAACCUGGCCAGUGCAGCGAUGACAACAUGGAGAUUCAUCUCCCAGGCUCCUGUUCUACUAAUCCUGCUCAACUCGUUCCAGGUUGAAACCGUCCAAAAAGUGGCCGUAAAAGAAUGCCAAGACGAGGUUGACUGUCUGGUGUUGGGCCACAUGCAUCCUCUGUGCCUGAACUCGCGGUGCGUGGACAGUCAGAGUUUCUUCAAGAAGCCCGGCGCCCGCAUGGAGGACCUCGUCAAGCCUCGCAAGUCGACCACUGAUCUCAACGAGAGACCUCUCGUUGGCGAGUCGCUGUUCGGUCGGGAGGGUACUUUGGCCCGGCGAGCUGGUUCAUCAGUGAAGUCAUGCAAAGAGACACGUGACUGUGAGCUGGAGGGUUUGAGCGGCUACACGUGUCUGCACUCGAAAUGCAUCUGCGAGGUGGAAAAGCGAUUUAUCGAGUCGGUGCAGUACGGCAAACGUGACAGGUUCCUCGACCUGCUCAAGGGAAUAAUGGCUGACUCGGCAUAUUCCAAGUGCCACGAGACGGUCUCGCCCGAAAUGGUACUGUGGGGGCUGGCAGGAGGACUGCAGUAUCAGAGCAACGGACUUCCCAAAGCGAAAACGUACGGGGAUAAGUGUAAAGCUGAUUAUGAAUGCUCUGUCAAUGAUGGAGAUCUAGUCUGCAAGAAAACAGAGCCAAGGAGGUGCAGAUGUAAAAGAGGCCUCGUAUGGGACUCCAUCGGGUUUCGCUGUUUCAUGGGAGAUGAACAUCCACCUUAUGAUGGCUAUCUCGAUCCUGUAAGGCAGAUGAUCCUGCCAGGAGUCGUAUUGAUAACCCUAGGUGCCAUGAUAUACCUAGGAUUCAAGCUAUUCUGCAAUUGUGGCAGGAGAGGAAUGAGACGUGCGCCAGAUAUGGAGUCGUCACAUUUGGUACCAAAUCCAGCUACUUGGGUAGCUUCUUACAGGGUUCUGAGUCCAGUGAACGGCACCGAAGUCCGCACCACACACACUCAGCCGCUCCAGCCAGGCCUCCUGGUGCCCGAUGGUCCUCCCACCUACGAGGAGGCGCUCACACACAAGGUCAUCUUCAGCAGUUACAAUCCAACCACCAAUCAGGCUCAUCCGUUGUGAAUACACCACUACUUUUCUUACCAGUCGUUAUCAAACUGUAAAUAAAAGCGUUCUUUUAUAAUA